AUGGCCACCAGAAUCGCGGCAUUCCUUGAUGGAAACACCUUUGUGCACUACAAUGAGUAUACUGGCCGGCUCAUAGGUGGAAAUAGUGGAGGACUUGUCAAAGUGUUCGAUCCAGACGCUGAUACAGAACCCACCUCCAUUGAUAUCCCUGAAAAUGUCACUGCAAUGGCAGCCAAUGGUGAGAAAUUGUUGAUUGCCACGUCUUCAGGUGAAUUGUCUCUUCUAAAAGUCGCUGCAGUUGCUAGAGGUGAUGAAUCGUAUGAAACUAUCUAUAAAAGUGACUUUCCACUAAGAGAUGUGGUGUUCAUUAAUGAGGGUAAAAGAAGCAUCUGUGGUGGAGACAAACCAUUUAUGACUGUAGUCGAUCACAUGAACCUGAAUCAAACAACGGAGGUGAGUCUUCUGGCGCGCCCAGUGGGUCUAGCUUACAAUCCUUCGGGAGAGGUUGUAGCCGUCAGUUUGGAUAACGGUGAAGUGCACAUAUUUUCGGUGAUAAACGAAAAGCCUGUUCCAAUCCAUGUUAUUUCUGGCACUUUGCCUGCCAUAGAAGCGUCCAAUGAUGCCUGUGCCAAAUGUGCAUGGGUCCUGAACGGAGAACAGUUACUUGUUCCCACGAGAAGUGGAUCUGUCAAGACUUUCCUGCGUUCUGACUGGUCGCAUUUGACUGAAAUACUGCUUUCUGAGAAGUUAGCUUCUUUGGCUGUUUCUCCCUCUACAUCUCAAGUCUCCUUCUUGUAUCAUGGUGGAAAUGUCGACUUUUUUCUGGUCAAAGAUGGCCGCAAACUCUCUUCCCUGAGAGAUAAUAGCAUUGAAGGAACACCCACUAAUAUAGCCUGGACCAAGAACUCAAUUUACUUUGGUGCUACCUCAGGUGAACUUUACUCAGUCCAGGUGAGUUUCCAAGAUGAGCCAGUCGUCAGCAAAGAAGUGGAGCUGUUAUUUAUUGAUGAAGCUGAGGAUUCUGAUGCUGAAUUGGCGCAGCCCACUUCGAACGGCAAAAAACACGCUUUAGACGACGAAGACAUCAUAGACGAAGAAGAUGAUGACUUGGAAGACGCUUACAAAUACUACAACAAAAGUGUUGAGGACUUCCUCCAUUCCAACAAGAAAAAGGCCAGAUUCGAGAGUAAUCCAGCUGCCGCUCCACCACCAGCUCUCAAUGACAACAUCGUUCCAUAUUCUCCCGGGUCAACCCCAUGGAUAUCCUCGAAUAAUUCGGCUAAUAAGAGCUCUAAGCGGAGAUAUUUAUUCAUGAGCUCUAUCGGAUAUUCCUGGUCAGUCUCCAAUUCCAACUCAGCCGAGGAACAAAAGAGCAUUACUGUGUCCUUCUUUGACAGAUCCAUUAACAAAGAUUACCAUUUUAUUGACUACAACAACUUCGACUUGUGCUGUAUGAACGAAAAAGGCAUAUUAUUCGGAUGCUCUGGAUUUGAGAAGGAGGACAAAACUUCUCCAAAGGGCAAGAUUUCCUAUAGACAUCAUCUGAGCACUCACGAUUCAUGGGAGAGACAAAUCCCUCUAGUGAAGGGCGAGUACCUUACAUCUGUUGCGCUCACCAACACAGCUGACUCUGAAGCUGGAGAAUCGCUCAUAGUUGUCGGAACCAAUUUGGGUUAUCUUCGAUUCUUCAACCUCUACGGCCUUUGCAUUAAUUUGAUGAAGACUUCACCAAUCGUGGCAUCUAUUGCCUCUGUUUUGGAUACCAUCUUCAUUAUUCAUCAGGCGGGCCACAACAGUUACACAUAUUCCAUCAUCAAUGUAGCCGAAGAUUACAGUUUUGUGCAACAAGAGAGACCGCUAUCUUUAAGAUCAGGAGAGGGGCCACUCAUCAAGGGCUUGUUUUACAAUGAGUACUCCGAUCCCUGUUUGGUUGCAGGAAAUGACGAUACACUCACAAUUUUAUCGCAUUGGAGAGAGCCCAACAAUGCGAGAUGGGUGCCGGUGCUCAACUGCAAAGAGAUUGUGACAGACUUUGGACUCACCAAGUCUAAAAAGAACUGGAGUACGUGGCCACUCGGCUUUCAGGAAGAAAAGUUUGUCGCAUUGGUGUUGAAAAAUAGCGACUCGUACCCAGGCUUCCCGCUUCCAUUGCCGGUCGAUUUCCCUGCGCGGAUGCCUGUGAAGUGCUACCGUUCCAUUAUCGAGCAAUCUGCAGAAGAUGAAUCUGAAGAAGCCCUUGAGCAGAGACUCGCCAAAAUCCAAGAAGAAGAUCCUGAGGAAGAAUUCUUGCGCGCGUCGACCUUUGGAAAACUCUUAAGCUCCUCGCUAGCCGACCUCGACAAUGAGGACGAUCAAAUGGAAAAAUUGAGCGGUUUCAGCGUUGCCUUCGACAAGUCGCUUCUUAAACUCUUCAAUAGUGCUUGUCAGAGCAGUCGACUCAACAAAGCGUUUAGCAUUGUCAAGCUUAUCAAGAAUGACAAGGCGCUUCUUGCAGCCACUCGAAUCGGUGAAAGACACAACUUCAACAACCUUGUGGUGAAGAUCAGUAAACUCAGAGAGGAUUUAAUGGAGAUGGAAGAGGAAGAGUGA